AUGGUUCAAAAUGAAGAAGUAUGUGUGGUUAUGGUGCCUUUUAUAGCACAAGGCCAUCUCAACCAGCUUCUCCAUCUCUCCCGCCUUAUCUCCGCCUACAACAUCCCUGUCCACUUCGUUUGCGCCACGAGCCACGCCCGCCAAGCCAAGGUUCGUGUCCACGGUUGGGACCCACUCGCGGUCGCCAACAUCCAUUUCCACGAUUUCCUCAUACCAUCUUUCCCUAACCCUCCACCAAACCCGAAGGCCACCAUUCGGUUCCCUAACCAUCUAAUGCCAUCGUUUAAAGCCGUCAUGCACUUACGUGAGCCUUUCCAGAAGCUAUUAACCGAGCUCUCAAAGACCAUGAAACGAGUUGUUAUCGUGCAUGAUUACUUGAUGAGUUCGGUCGUUCAAGACUUUGAUUCGGUCCCUAAUUCUGAGGUUUAUAUGUUUCAAGGAUGUUCGGCUUUUACGGCUUUUUGGUACCAUUGGGAGGAAAAACAAGCUCUAAAACUUGAUGAAGAAACCGAAUCCUUGUGGAAGAAUGUUCCUUCACUAGAAGACUGUUUCAGUGAUGAGUUUGUCGAGAUACUUGAUUCAGAAGAUUCGUCUUUUAAGAAGAUUAGCUCGGGUACUCUUUAUGACACGAGCAGAGUGUUUGAAGAAAAAUAUUUGGAGUUACUCAAAAACGAAGAGGUCGGGUCAGGUACGACUAAGAAUUGGGCUAUUGGUCCGUUUAAUCCUGUCGUGAUAAAGUGUAAUAAAAAAGAUUCUAGUACUACUACUGAAUAUAUGAAGUUAUUUAACUGGCUUGAUAAACAAGAGCCGAAUUCUGUUAUUUAUGUAUCGUUUGGAACCACGGUUUCAUUAUCAGAUGAAGAAGCAAAAGCGUUUGCUAUUGGGUUGGAAGAGAGUGGUCAUAAGUUCAUAUGGGUGGUGAGGGAAGCCGAUAAAGCUGAUAUUUUUGACGGAAGUGAAAACCGGAAAGUUGAGUUGCCGGAAGGGUAUGAAGAGAGGGUGGAAAGGAAGGGGGUUGGGAUGGUGGUGAGGGGUUGGGCACCACAGCUUGAGAUAUUGGGCCACCUGUCAACAGGUGGGUUUAUGAGUCAUUGUGGGUGGAAUUCAUGUACAGAGGGAAUCAGCAUGGGGGUGCCAAUAGCUACAUGGCCCAUGCAUUCGGAUCAACCAAGGAACUCUAUGUUGAUCACGGAUGUGCUUGGAACUGGGAUACAUGCGAGGGAGUGGAGGCGGAGACAUGAGAUGGUGACAGCGUCAUUGGUUGCAGAGGCGGUUAGACGAUUGAUGGCAUCACAAGAGGGGCAUCAGGUUAGAAAGACCGCAGCGGAGCUUGGUGUCGCAGUACGACUAUCCGUGGAAGAAGGUGGUGUUAUGCGGAAGGAAUUGGAUGCAUUCGUAGCGGAAAUCACAAAGUAA